AUGGGCAACAGUGAAUCAAGCUCUGAUCUAUCGAACAACAAUGUUUCAAAAACACCGAAACGAACAGUUUCACAAAGUCCAACAGCUACAAGAAGUGCAAGUGUCAGAAGGCCGCCGACGAGUGUUCCAGUUGAAGGAGGAGGUAUCAGAAGGUCAAGAACAACAAGACAUAAGGAUUGGAAUAAUCUGAGACGAGCAGUAUGUCCAGUUACUGGGUUGACUCUUCAUCAAAAGGCUUUGUUGGCAAGGAAAUGGAAUAGAAUGGAUAGAGGUACCGUAUAUGAAAUGGGAAGGCGGAUGUUCGAGCACGUCUUCACUGAGAAUCCACAGUACCUUGCUUAUAUCGACUUGAAGAACGAGGUCAAUUGGUGGAAUCACAUCAAUUUUAAAAUCCAUGUUCAGCGUUUCGUCACCGUUCUUAUCGAAACAAUGCGCCGGCUCAAAGAGCCUUCCACAUCCAUAGAUAUUCUUCGAGAUUUCGGUGCAAUUUACGCCAAAUAUCCAAAAAGAGUGUCUGCUCUCUAUUUCGAAAGACUUGCUAACAGUAUGAAUGAAGCAGCCGGGCAGUUACAGGAGAGUGAUCAUUUGGAUGUUGAGAAGACGCAAAGCAGAAUGGAAGAUGUUGUUACUGAUUCUUCAAGUACUGAUAACACAUCCAACAUGUGUACAUCUUGCACUUCAUUGUCUUCUGGACAACGAUAUCCGAAACCAUUGACAACACGACAUUCAGAAUCUCAAAUGCAGACUCUGAAGGAAGAAUCUUCAUUUUGCUCGUCAUGUGUUAACAGCCGAAGAUGCUCUCAUGAAGUGGAUGGAAUCAAGUCUGUGUGUCCCAUCACAUCAGAAGCAUGGUUGGUGUUGUCCGCCUUCAUUGCGAAUCAAAUAAAAUUUGGAUAUGAACUCGAGAAGCUUCUUAUAAACGAAAUGAGCAAACUUGGUAUUGAAACCAUGCCCUGUCAAGUUGGAGAUCAAGGAGAAAAUGAAUCCGAUGGUCAGGAAGCCAGUCCCCAUUCCCAUCACCAACAUCGUUCAACGAAUUCCUCUAAUCGAUUAAAUAUUGAAAAACAAUCUCAGUUUGUGUAA